UUGAAGACUGUAGUGUGGAGACUUGGGGCAGGAGUUUGUCAGAGCAGCGCUGGACCAUUGCACCGGCUGAGGAGUUCAUCAAAAGAGGGAUUUUUUUUUUUUACUUCACCGGAAGUGGCCGGACUGACGUCGUUGUGUGAGAUUAGUCUUCGUCCCUUCAUUCCGCUGUCACACCUGUGAAAAUGGGGUGAUUGUCCCGUUUCCUUGUAACUCACUUGGAGCAAGUCCAGGAUAACUCUCCUCCUGAUGUCCAAGGAUUCAAACUCCAACCCCUAUUGCUUCCCCGUGCAGACGGAGCAGGAUGCAGCCUGCAGAGCAUCCGCUUCAAGCAGCUCCAUCUCAAGUGGUGCCUCCGGCUGCCUCUCCAUGGCGCAGCUGCGCUGGGUGGGAGGCUACAGCCAAGGUGGGCCUGACCUGGGCCUGCCUUCAGAGGGCAGCGACAGCAGCGGUCAGGAUCCCGCCGUCUCGCUGCGCAACRUCCGCAAGAACACACGCUCUCGCCUGGUCCCCGAGGAGGACGUGGAGAUGAAGAGCAGCGGGUCCAGUGGGAGCGGGACCGAAUCGCAUGGAAAUGAAAGCCAUGGCAAUGAGAGUCGCGGGCAUGAGUCAGUGGGCAGCUCCAAUGGACACAGCAAGGACUCAGCGCUGUUGGAAUCCUCAGGGAGCAAUAAAAGUUCGAACUCCCACAGUCCAUCUCCACCGAGCAGCUCAAACGCCUACAGUCUGCUGAGCUCAGAACAGGACAACCCUUCGACCAGCGGCUGCAGUAGUGAGGAGUCUGCCAAAGCCAAGAACCAGAAGGAGGUGAUUAAAACUCUGAAAGAGCUGAAGCUCCACGUGCCCGCUGACAAGAGACACAACAAGUCCACCACACUGAACACCCUCAAGUACGCCCUCCGCUGCGUCAAACAGGUGGAAGCCAACGAGGAGUACUACCAGCUACUGAUGAGCAAUGACAGUCAGCCAUCAGGCCUGGACGUUUCUUCUUAUACCAUAGAGGAGAUAGACAGCAUCACCUCUGAGUACACACUCAAAAACAACGAUAUAUUUGCAGUCGCGGUGUCUUUGAUCACCGGAAGGAUUGUCUACAUUUCCGACCAGGCAGCCUCCAUCCUCAACUGCAAACGAGAGGUGUUCCAGGACUCCAAGUUUGUGGAGUUUCUGAUACCGCAAGAUAUCAGCGUGUUCUACAGCUUCACCACGCCUUACCGCCUGCCAUCCUGGAGCAUGUGCACCGGAGCAGAGUCCUCUACGUCUGACUGCUUACAGGAAAAGUCCUUUUUCUGUCGUAUCAGUGGUGGUAAAGAGUGUGAGGGUGAGCUGCGGUAUUAUCCAUUCCGUAUGACGCCUUACCUGAUGAAAGUCCAAGACACGGUUCACGCUGAAGACCAGUUCUGCUGCCUCCUCCUGGCUGAAAGGGUUCACUCCGGAUAUGAUGCUCCUAGAAUUCCAACGGACAAACGUGUUUUCACCACAACUCACACUCCGAGUUGUGUGUUCCAGGAUGUAGAUGAGAGGGCCGUUCCUCUCCUCGGGUAUCUGCCCCAGGAUCUAAUCGGAACCCCAGUCCUUCUUCACCUGCAUCCAAACGACCGCCAGGUCAUGGUGGCCAUUCAUAAAAAGAUCCUUCAGUAUGCCGGGCAGCCAUUUGACCACUCCUCCAUCCGCUUCUGUACACAAAACGGAGAGUACAUCAUCCUAGACACCAGCUGGUCCAGUUUUGUGAAUCCCUGGAGCCGAAAGGUCUCAUUUGUUAUCGGGAAGCACAAAGUCCGCAUGGGACCGAUGAAUGAAGAUAUUUUCAUGCCUCCCGUCUCAGCUGUUGGCCGAAUGAAGACCAUGGAUUCUGACAUCCAGGAGAUGUCUGAGCAGAUUCAUCGGCUCCUUUUACAGCCGGUUCAUAACAGUGGGUCCAGUGGCUACAGUAGUCUGAACAGCAACGACCACCUUCAGGGACUGACCUCCUCCAGUGAGAGCCUGAACAACGGCAGCAGCAUGCAGCAGGAGGAAGGAGAACYGAGAGGGAAAAGCAGACCUCGAACGUUUCAGGAAAUAUGCAAGGGAAUUCACCUCCAGAAGAGCCAGGAGCAGCAGAUGGUCAAAUCAGAAAACAAAAAAAGCWGUGGCAUAGAGUCUGUACAGAACAGCCAAGCAGUGGUGCGACCCAAAGACUCGGCUCUUCCUCUUAACUGGAGGGGGACAUCUGUGGAGGAGAGGAGAGCUUCUUUCCAGGAGGAGCUGUCCAAUAGUGAUCAGACUGUUUAUUCUUACCAGCAAAUCAGCUGUCUGGACAGUGUUAUCAGGUAUUUGGAGAGCUAUAAUGUUCCUGUCAUCAUGAAGAGGAAGUGCCAGUCUUCGUCCAACACCACCUCCUCUAACUCAGACGAGGACAAACAGAAAGACUCCAACAGCUCGCAGGUUCCUGAAGAACCAGCCUUAUUGAAGGAUCAGUCUGGUCCCUCUGCCUUGGAUGACCCUGAAAAAAUGUCCGGGGACACRCCCACGGCGGUAGUGGGCACCUCGAUGCCCCUACCUGUUCCGAGCAAACCAGAAAGCGUGGUGUCCAUCACCAGCCAGUGUAGCUACAGUAGCACUAUGGUGCAUGUUGGGGACAAGAAACCUCAACCAGAGUCAGAGAUCACAGAAGACGUAGCAGGAGCAGGCGAGACAGCAGAAUCCAUCCAGAACCUCUGUGCUCCUCCUCGGGCUGUUUCUCCUCCCGGCCAGGAGAGGGAGCCCUACAAGAAGCUGGGUUUGACCAAGGCGGUGCUGGCGGCUCAUACUCAGAAGGAGGAGCAGGCCUUCCUGUAUCGCGUCAGAGAGCUUCGUGGACUCUCUGCCCUCCAAGCAAACUGCUGUCAGACUCUGGAUCACCAGAGAGACGAGACCACCACCGAUGCUGCACCUGCUCCUCCCUGCAAACAGAAAGAACCGAGCACAGAGCCACCCACGAGGAGAGGAUCCAGGAACAGGAAGACCAAGUCAAAAAGAGCAAAGCUCAACACUUCUACUAACAACCCGACGUCCCAUCACAAACAGCAGCCGCCACAGCAGAACCACGGCCUCAAACAGACCCUGUGGUCUCCUCCUGACGCCUCGCAGUCCCCUUUCCYCAUGCCGUAUCCUGUCGUAAUGCCAGGCUACCCCCUGCCGGUUCCCCCCAGAGCCAAUUCCACAUCUUCUCAUGCAGAAGCCACUUCGCAAGGUUUUCAUUCUGCUCCCUUCACCUCUCAUAUUGUCACCCCCGUUAUGGCUUUAGUGCUCCCCAAUUAUUUAUAUCCUCUAAUGAGCCCGGGACAUCCACUACCACCAUCAGUGCCAGUUUAUCAGGUUGAGACCACGGGCAUCCCCGCCCAAAUGCAGCCUUUUGACCCGGGGCAAGGCACUUUCACAUUUCCUCCUUCCUUCAGUGGUCUGAACCAGUUCAACGCUCAGAACCAGUUUACUCCUCUAGCAAGCUGCCUGUCUCCACYAUUCUGCUUCCCCGCUUCAUCUGAAACCCCAAAGCCCCACACGGAGAGCCACUCCUGCUCCUCCACGCCACAGUCCGCUGAGAGUGGAGGUCCGGCGUCCCCUCCUUUGUUUCACUCUCGCUGCAGCUCACCCCUCAAUCUGCUGGAGCUGGAGCUGUCAGUGGACAGGCAGGACAGCACGGCGCUCUCUUCAGGAGGACAUGGAAUCAUCAUGGCUGAGAAGGAAAAAAGAGCAAGAGGCGUCCAGGUCCAGGAAAAAGAACAUAAACAGCCCUCUCUCAGUCUCCUUGGUCCACCAGGACCCUUGUAUUUCGAGCCCACAUCCUGUGUCUGUGAAGGUUUGUCUUGGGCUAAAGUGUGGUCUAGGACUGGGUCUUGCAGCAACGAGAGGAGUUCGCAUGAUGAGACCAACAACAGCGACAUCAACUCGACGUCCAGCGACAUGUUGGACAUCAUUCUUCAAGAGGACUCCUGUUCGGGCACCGGCUCCGCUACCUCUGGGUCCAUGGGCUCCGGGUCCAACGGCUGUGGGACUUCAGGCAGCGGGAUGUCUAAGAGCAGGACUUCAGCUAGUCAGACAUCAGGCAGCUUUUCAGGAAGCAACAACAGCAGUAAAUACUUCGGCAGCGUGGACUCGUCUCAGAGCAGCCAGAAGGUCAAAGGUCACCUGCGAGGCGGCGAAGGAGGGCCCACGGAGACGGAGCAGAGUGAACGGUUCAUAAAGGGUGCGCUGCAGGACCCCUUGUGGCUGCUCAUGGCCAACACAGAGGAGAAGGUCAUGAUGACCUACGAGCUGCCGUCGCGUGACAUCCAAAGCRUUCUCAGAGAGGACAGUGAGAAGAUGCGGCUGCUGCAGCACAACCAGCCUCGCUUUUCAGAGGAUCAGAAGAAGGAGCUGAGCGAGGUGCACCCCUGGAUCAAGAAGGGCGGCUUACCCAAAGCCAUGGAUGUCAAGGGAUGCUCCUGGUGUGACAGCACCGCAGGAGGAGGAGGAGGAGGAGCAGAGGAUCAGCCCGACCUGGACCUCUGUGACACAGAGACAGGAGAGAGAAGAGACAGAGAGGAGAGCUUAAACUCUGCUCUCAUGUCCCGCCACGGCUCUUCUCUGAGCUUCAGCAGACAGACAGAAGAAGCAAAACAAGGAGCAGGUUUCUAAAGUUGUUCUGCAGGACUGUGAAGAACAAACUUCAUGACUCUCUGAGAGGCUCCGUCUCACAGCGCAGUCCCUGCUUUUGUAGGACGUGUAAAUAUCGUUUGGACAGCACUUCUCCUCCUAAACUUUGUUGCGUUGCUUGCUUGGAUCGUGUGACUUUGUUAGCACACUGUGUUGCACCUGAAAAUAAUUUUGUUGCGCUGAUGAAGAGAUGGGGAACCUGACGAGGGAACAUCUCAAAUCACAGCACAGCAGUCUAUUGCAGUCUGCACUUUAAGAAGUUUCACUGGUUACAUCAGCACACUGACAGCAGGAGGAGGUUUUUCAACUUAAUUUAGUUUUACUCACUUUUGCCGUUUAAACACACUAAAUAAACUGCACUUUGCGGGCUGAAACAGACAAAAAUGGAAAUGGUUAUAACAUCUCAGUUGCCUAAACGCCUGUUUAUGCCAAAUACAAUCAGAGUAUCUAUCAACUCAAAACACACUCAAAUCCCAGUUUUCUUUGAAGCAAAGCACACUGUAAAAUCAAUUAGUUAUCAUUACUUUAAAAAGCUUGAAAACCGAUUGCACUUAAAAAAAUUGAGUACACUGAACAAGUGAAUAAAUACUGAGCAGUGCACCAAUAUUCAAUCAUACAGAUUGGUUGGUGGCUCAGAUUUUUCUGCUAGGAGCACUAAAAGCACAUUUCACUUGUUUAAUGGUCCGUUUCAGUUUGCGUUACGCUGGGGGAAAAAACGGUUCUGAUUUGAAGUAGUAAGUGCAGUGGAGGAUAAAAUGCAGCCAAAGUGCGUUGUGUUGCAGGUGAGAGCGUGAAGUGCACGCCUUCGCUGCACUUGAAAUGAUCGCGCUCGUGCUGCCUUCACUUACCCAAUGAGCAGGACGGUUAUGCAGACUCAAAGUCUGGAGCCAGCUGUUACUAAAUAAAGCUUAAAGUGAG